AUGACAAAUGGAAGGAAGAAGAAACAAGUAAAUCCUUCUAAACUUGAGCUUACUAGUGAUUUAUAUUAUUCUCAAUUACAAAAUCCAUGUGAAAAUAUUCAUAGAGAGGCCUUAAAUGCUUUUAACAAAUUAGCUUCACAUGAAAAAUUAUUUUUACACUUAGAAGCUAAAGUGUUAGAAUCCUCAAGAAAAUUGGAAGCUAUUAAAAUAUCUAUGAUAGAUAUUCAAAGUGACAAAAAUGAGGAUGAAAAACCUUCCAAGUUUGGUUGUGAAUCUUGUCAUAAUUGGCAAAAAGAGAUAAAUGCUCUUCAAGUCAAAUUAGACAAAGCCUUACAACCAAAGAUUGCUUAUGCUAUUGAUCCGUCUAAGUAUGAAAGAGAGGCUGAGGAACAGGCUAGAAAGGAAGCAGAAGAUAAAGCACGCCGAGAAGAAGAACAACGGAUCAAAGAAGCUGAAGAGAAGGCUGCUGCUGAAGUUGCUGCUACUGCGGCUGCUGUUGAGGCUGAGGCAAAAGCUAAAGCUAAAGCUAAAGAAGUAGCUCGUAUUGCUGCAGAAGAAGCUGCCAAGGCCAAAGCUGAUGCUCUGACUCAGGGGGAGCACUCCAAAUCUAGGUUCGUCCCUCUGGUCUUGAAGACUUUGGAGGAACUGCAAAAGGAACAACAAGUGGUUCAUGCUAGGUUGGACCAACAGGAUUCUGUCAACAACAACAUUCAGAACAUGUUGUCUCAGCUACUCCAACGGAUGCCUCUGCCCCCAAACCCUUAG